AUGAAAAUUUGCACCCACAACGGCCGGUUUCAUUCAGAUGAAGCUUUAGCAUGCGUUCUGCUGAAAAUGCUUCCCGAGUUUUCAACAGCUGAAAUCAUCCGUACUCGCGACCCCGAAAUUAUCCAACAGUGUGCGGUGGUUGUUGAUGUUGGUGGCGAAUAUGAGCCAUCAAGGCAUCGCUACGAUCACCACCAACGCUCCUUCAUAGAUACCUUUUCAACUGAAUGCAAAGACCUGCCGGCAUCUCCCAUUCAGACUGCCACGCGAUUAAGCUCUGCAGGCUUGGUUUAUAAGCAUUUUGGAAGCAAAAUCAUCGGCCAGCAAUAUCCCCAUCUUUCUGGAGACGACGUUUCUUCGUUGUUUAUAAAGAUGUAUGAGGUCCUCGUUGAAGAAUUUGAUGCUGUCGACAACGGCAUCAACGCUACCGUUGAGACACCUAAAUUUGUGGUUGGGACCUCUAGCAUUUUCAGCCAAGUCUCGCGCCUUAAUUUUAUAAGAGGGGAAUCUCUGAAAAGUUCUAAUCACGAGGAUGCGCAGUUUAGAAAAGCCAUGGAUUUGUGUAAAAGCCUGUUUUUGGAUGUUCUUCAGGAUUUAGUGUUCAAUUGGCUUCCAGCAAAGUCCAUUAUGACCGAAUCGAUUGCGGCUCACGAAGGACCCCUGGUAAUUUUAAAAGAGCCAUGCUCCUGGAAGGAUCAUAUAUUUACAAUCGAACAAGAAAAGUUUCACGGUGCAUCUCCGCUCCUUUAUGUAUUGUAUGAGAAAGAAAAUAGCGGCAUGUGGAUGGCGCAAUGUAUCCCCAAAACGCCUGGAUCCUUUGAAAGCCGGCUUCCAUUUCCAGAGCCAUGGAGAGGUUUGCGCGACCAAGAACUAAAUUCGAUCACCGGAAUUGAUGGCGGAGUUUUCGUCCAUGCAACAGGCUUUCUUGCGGGCGCAAAAUCGCUUUCCGUUGCGAAGGAGCUCGUCGCUUGUUCGAUUGCAAUCCAAAAUUAA